UUCGAGACGAGACGCUCAUUUCUCACAGGGUUUCCGGGGGACAGAGAGAAGAGAGAAUGAAGCGAAGCAUCCCGGCGCUGCGAAACCUAAUUAUUCGCAGUGAUUACAAGAGAAGGGUUCACUUGCCUUCCGUUGACGAAGCCGUAAUUUGUGCUGCGAGUGCCACUGCUGCAUACUCCAGUUAUGUCUCUUCUUCAAGAUAUUUCUUCAAUUCCAGCGUCAACAUCGCCAACUUCGAGUUGCCGCAGCCUUUCAACCUCCGUCGAAACCUUUCUUCUUCAUCAUCAGGUCCAUCCAAUGUUGUGACGAUUGAUUCUGAAGAAAAAUUCAAUAGUUCUUUCCAGAAGGUUCAAGAUGAAGCUUUGCCAGCAAUUUUCUACUUCACUGCAGUAUGGUGUGGCCCAUGUAGGUUAUUAUCUCCCAUCAUUGGACAAUUAAGUGCGCAGUACCCUCAUGUCACCACUUAUAAGAUUGAUAUUGAUCAGGAAGGGCUUGGAAGUACUUUAAGCAAAUUAGAUAUUCAUUCUGUGCCAACCCUCCACUUCUUCAAAGACGGGAAAAAGGCCUCUGAAGUGAUAGGUGCUGAUCCUCAACUCUUGAAAGCUACCAUGGAAGAUCUCUACAAAUAAUUUCCGCAUAUACAUUCACCUACUGUUAAGGUUGUCGUCGGAGUGGAGUUCCGGUUCUUUUAUAGGAUUAAAAUCAUGCCAUUCUGCUUAUGAGUAGAUCGUUAAAUUUGCUGCUAAGUAAUGCCUGUUUUGUUGGAUUUCAUAUUCUACCAUUUCCUUGUUCACAUUGCUUAAUUGUUAUCCCACUAGUUCAUUUAUGGGCAUCCUGAUCUACGGACGAGGGAGGGGCCUUCUUGCCCCUUCCUUCCUCUGGCAACAUUCUCCAA